UCCGCUACGUCAUCCAAAAAGAGCCAUGAUUUACACACGCGACAGUGGCGCGCUGUAGUAACAUAAAUAAAGUUAGCGGAGUGAACAUUUCACGACAUAGCAUCCCACAUGUAUGUUGUCUAUGUGAACGCUGCAUAAAGGAGCUGGUGAACAGACCCGACUCUUCUACGAGCUCAACGUUAGACGCAGGUUUCUCUCCUGGUCACGAACCCUGUCUCUGCAUUCAGUGGAACUAACGUCCGACCUGCUACAGCUCGUUAGCCGUCGCUCCAAUGUGCCAGGUGGAUGAAGAUUACCACGAGCCGCUGCAGCGCGCGGAGGUGCCCAGUGUUUCCAAGAAAUGUGUGAAAUGCAAAGAGGGGACUGCAGCCGUGGUCAUCAGAGCAGGAGAUGCGUUCUGCAGGGGAUGUUUCAAGGAAUACUUCAUCCAUAAGUUCAGAGCCGUGCUGGGCAAACACCGAGUCCUUUACCCUGGAGAGAAGGUGCUACUGGCUGUAUCUGGAGGUCCUUCUUCCUGCUCAAUGCUCAGUCAAGUCCAAGAGGGUUUGAGUCAGAAUGCUCAUAAGAAGUUGAGAUUCUUACCUGGCAUUGUCUUCAUAGAUGAGGGCGGUGCUGUAGGUCAGUCUGUGGAGGACAGACAGAGGAUGGCGGCUGAGCUGCAGGCUGUGUUCAAAGCUACUGGUUUCCCCUUCCUCGUGGUGCCUCUGGAGCAGGUUCUGGACCUUCCCAGUUCAGUUGUGGCGGCGGCCCUGUCGCCUUCGGAGCGAGCAGCCGGCGCCUACAAAGUAGCCGUGGGUCACUUCAUUCAGAGUGACGGCGUCGGCGUAAAGCUGAAACAGGAGGAGACCGCUCCAGCUGAUGUCCAGGAGUCCAGCACACACUUACUGCAGCAGCUGAUUGGCUCUGCUAAGACACUGACGGCCAGAGAAGACCUGCUCAACACAUUAAGGUAGUGCUUUUAAUUUCCCGUAUGAUAUACAUU